CCGGUGUUCGCUGGCGGGAUCAUCGAAUGGGUCACCUCUCAUGUGAUGUGUCUCACGUGUGUCUCUCUCCCGUCCCGUCAUUCAUGUCCGAAACACAAAGGCGUAGUGGCGACACGUCUCCUUCUCGUCCACGGACUGGUAUCGCUCGUCCAGCGCACGGAGGCUAAACAAAAAGACAAACGGCGCUAUGGUGUUGAAGACAAGUAUCCCACUGCACAGCAGCGUCACCACACGCAGAACACGCACGCCCGGCUCGCUCUCCAUCCUCAGCAGCGGCAGGUUGGCCACCCUCACGGCAUACUACAACACACACACACACACACACACACACAAGCACAUGGGCUCUUUGCGCUUCCCUUGGUGCCGUUCUUUGCUUACGAUGAAGAGGAGCCACUCAAAAAUGGCCUCGAUCACAAUGAGCACCGCGAGACUCGCCAGCCGCUCACACAGAGACGCGUAGCACGGCUGCAGGAUCUGCUCCAGCGUGAGCAU